ACUUUCUCUCCCCCCCCCCCCCCCACACCCCCCCCUGCAAAUAUUUUCGGCUCGAUCUAUCAUGGCCAAGUCAAGCGAUCUGAAAAGCUUCCUCCAGUCCUCACUGAACGAGAUCUUUAAAGCGACUGUGAGUGACAUCCUGGAUUCAGUGGACCGGACCCUGUCUGAGUACCAGGGCACAAUCCGCAGGAUCGAGUCCGAAAACGAGGGCCUGAAGCAGCUGCUGUUUGCACAGAAGAGCACGGAGUCUGCCAGCAGAGAUGCUCAUGAACAAGAUGCCACUGACCACGUUUCGGCCUCAGAAUGGAACAACCCAUCCGUCAACCCCGGCCAGGGUUUGUUCAAGGUGUCCAUAUGCAGCAGUGACAAGAAGAGCUUCAGGAGGAAGAAGAGGGACAAGGUGAAGGAGGGCAUUCCCGCCGCCUGCUUACCGCCGCAGAUCAAUAACACACCAGAAAGACAAUGUGUGACUACUGCGGAGGCGUGCGUCUCCGCCGGCGACAUGGUCUCUCUGAAAACGGAGCCCGGCCUGGAGGAGAGCGGCGCUAUCGACCUCUCCCAGCCGUCGGCGCUUCUCAAUCUGACAGUGAAGCCGAUUAAAAACGAGAGCGCCGAGGUGAGCUGCGACGCUUAUGCGCCUCUGCUGCCACCUGCAGGCCUCGACCGAGACGGCGAAGUUAAAGUCACUGUGGUUUCUGACAGCUGCAUGCAGGAUGAACAGCUCGUUAAGACUGAAGAAGAAGAAGAAGAAGAGCAGAACGGGGUGUUGCAGUACGGGGACGAUGUCUCUCGUCAAGAGUUGACGUGUGCGUCAGGAUAUUUCCCUAACCCAGAGGGAGCGAGCGGACAGGCUGGAGUUGCGAAUCCUCGUGGAAACAAGUCACCAGCUGUUGCGGACGGUGACGUUUUGGACGUCCGCGACAAGUUUUUGCGAUGCACCGCCUGUCCCAAAACAUUCAGCCGACCGAACGCGCUGAAAGUCCACCUCAGGACUCACACCGGCGAGAAAGCCCACACCUGCUGCUACUGCGGCAAGCGCUUCGGUCGCGCCGAUCUCCUCAAAUCCCACAAGAGAACGCACACGGGGGAGAGGCCGUACAGCUGCAACCUGUGCAGCAAAACGUACCCGCAUCCCAGCCAGCUCCGGAUACACAAGCGCAUCCACACCGGAGAGAAGCCGUACUCCUGCACGCAUUGCGGGAAGUGCUUCAACGAGCACAACCAACUCAAAGUCCACCUGAGGACUCACACCGGGGAGAGGCCGUACAGUUGCCAGGAGUGCGGGAAAACCUUCAGCAACGCGGGAAACCUAAGAAUACACGAGAGGAUCCACACGGGCGAGAAGCCGUACUGCUGCUCUCAGUGCGGGAAAAGAUUCAACGGCUUGGGCGACCUGAAAACGCACUACAGGAUUCACACCGGCGAGCGGCCCUACAGCUGCAAGCUCUGCAACAAGACCUUCAGCCAGACGGGCCACCUCACCAUACACAUGCGGAUGCACACGGGGGAGAGGCCGUACAGCUGCGGCGAGUGCGGCAAGACGUUCACGGUGGCCAGCAGCCUCAAACUGCACCAGAGGACUCACACGGGCGAGAAGGAGUACAGCUGCUCGUACUGCAGCAAGAGCUUCAGCAGGUUGGGGCACCUGAAGAGACACGAGCUGGUCCACACCAAAGAGAAGGUGUACCUCUGCAGCGAGUGUGGGAAGACCUACACCGACCAUUCGGCGCUGAAGAAGCACCUGAAGUUACACGCGGCGAAGGAGCAGAAGAGUUUGAGCGAGGAAGGAACCAGCGAGGCCUAAAUGAACCCCCGCUGACUUUUAGCAACAGAGAGAAACGAGAACCAAAUUCUCUUAGACGCCCCGGAAAAGAACGGCUGUAUCUUGAAAGUACAGAGCUUUCCGACUCAUCCCGCUGUGAGAGAUGUUCGGACACUACUUCUUCCUAGACUUGAAUAUACACGGUGAUGCAGAGUAACCCUCUGAUACCAGUGUGAUGGAAACAAUACUCAUAAUAACGAUGACAAAUCUGAAAAUCCUGACACUUUGCUAACUUUAGCAAACUCUACUUUCCUCUACUAAAAUUUCUUAGAAUAAUUUUUUUGGCUGCUCUGAAACAGUAGACGUCAAAGGAUAACUAGAUUAUUAUUGUUGCAUAGGCUUAGUGAAGAUCAAACAAGCUGAUUGA